AUGAGUCUUGAAGUACACUCUCAUUAUAUGCGAAUGGCCACGAAGCUUGCCAAAUACGCUCUCGACCACGACGAGACGCCUGUCGCUUGCAUAUUCGUGCACACGCCCACAAAUCGAGUAGUGGCAUAUGGGAUGAAUGACACUAAUAGAUCACUUACGGGUAUUGCACACGCAGAAUUCAUGGGAAUAGCACAAAUUCAGUCGAAAUUUGGGGUCCAGGAUACAUCAAUAUUCAAAAGCAUAACUCUCUACGUUACUGUAGAACCAUGCAUCAUGUGUGCAUCCGCUUUAAAACAGCUAGGUGUUCAAAAAGUGGUCUUCGGGUGCGGCAACGAGAGAUUCGGAGGUAACGGCUCCAUCCUGUCAAUACACAAAGAUUCGUGUACCGCUCCACAAAAUAAGCAUUGGUCAAUACCUGGCAUACUGAGAAAGGAGGCUAUAAUGCUGUUACGAUACUUUUACGUGCGAGAGAACGAAAGAUCUCCAAAGCCGCGAGCUAAGGCCAAUCGAAAACUAGACAAAUCCAAAUUCCCGCCAAUGGACUGGACUUUGUACCUCUCUAGGGAUGAAUUUGAAAGCGUGUUUGAUUCACUUCUGCUCAAACAUUAUGACGAUAGCACAGACCUUAGUGAUACUCUCAAUUGGGGCCUCAUUGAUGACAAUCAAGACCGAUUUUUUUCUCAUUUAAAGGACGAGUGUGAACAAUUCUGCCUUCAAACUGCGAAAAAACCCAAACCGCAAACCGUGAGUUAA